CCCAAAAACCAUUGCGCCUCGUCUGACGGUGAUACGGGCGACCGCCGCACAACAUGGACAUACACCGCCGCUCCGUAUGCACUGCCGCCGUCGAGCUACUAUUAUUAUUAUCAUUUUCCAGCUUCCCAAAGCCGUCCGCCAGCUCCGCCGCCAGAGCCGAGCUCGUCACCUGGAAGUGCGACAACGGCACGUACUACGGGGAGAACUCCACCUACCAGUCCAACGUCCGCACCCUCCUCGCGUCCCUCGCCGCCAACGCCUCCCGCUCGUUAUUCCCGGUGGGCUUCGCCACCGCCGUCGUGGGCCCAAGCCCCGACAUGGUGUGGGGUCUGGGGCUCUGCCGCGGGGACACCACCAACGGCACCGAGUGCGCGUCCUCCUGCCUCGACCUCGCGCCGGAGGUCGCGUUCGGCAGGUGCAUGGGCGUCAAGGACGUGUCCAUCUUCUACGACCGCUGCACCGUCCGCUACUCUUUCCGGGACUUCCUCACCAGCCCGGACAACCGGCAGGUGCAGGUCUGGGGAGCCAGCGACGACUCCGUCGCCCCCCGGGACACCGGCCGGUUCGACGCGCUCGUAGCGAGCCUCGUCGGCGCGCUCUCCGACUGGGCGGCGUUCAACACGACGACCAGGUACGCCUCCGGGGUCAUGGUCUCCGACCAGGGCUUCCCGACCACCCCCAGCAAGGACUUGGUGCACAGGAUCAACGGCCUUGUGCAGUGCACGCCGGACCAGGCGCCGGGCCAGUGCCGCGAGUGCCUCCAGGGGCUCAUCGACGAGAUGCCGGCGGUGUUCAACGGCAGCGUUGGAGGGCGGAUCCUCGCGGUAUGGUGCAACCUCAGGUUCGAGGUGCACGAGUUCUACGACGGCAGCCCCAUGCUGAACCUCACCGCCCCGUAGCCAACGCCACCUACUUCUCCCGUCCGGUCCACACACCAGACUGCAGGGUCAGAUCGUGCGAAAGUUUUCAAAAGGAUCAAAACAUCAAAGUUGGCCUCUGCCCCUCAUUCCUCUACCUCGGACGCGCGUCGCUCUCUCGACUUCGGACACACGACUCCUGGAUCCCGACCCUGUUGUCCCCUGUGUCUGGUGGCGUGGGCUCGAGCAGGACCUUGGGGCGUCAGGGGUCUCUAGAAGGGCUAGUCGGGAUCCCCAUGCCGGAUUUGGUACAUGGUGCGCUGACCGUGAUCGUUCUCCCUCUAAGAAGAGGGCACGAGAGGGAUCCAGAGUGCCCUCCCCAUGCCACUGCCUGACGAGGUCCCCCGUGCUUAGGUGGAGCGGGUCCCAUCCUUGACUUAGGCUUGCGGAGCAAAAGUGCUGCAACUAUGGCAUCAAAGGCCACAACUGCUCCGAGUGCGACAGGUCUGCUGAUGCCUCAUGUGUAGGGAUGCUUCCCACUACGCGGCGGCGUGCAUCGUCAAGAUGCGUCCGACUGGCCUUGAGUUCCAUAGUUAGCUGCUG